AUGGGUCGGAGGGUUUGGGCAGCCUUGGGGGCCGGCCUGGCGCUGUGCCUGUGCUGGCCGGACUGCUUCGCUGUUUCUCGAGUAGAAGCGCCGAGGAUACGCCCUGUCCAUGGGACGCCCGCGGCUCCUCCGCGCGCUGCCGGUGCCACGCUGUCCACCCUGGCCGGCACCGGAACCGUGCUGCUGGCGCUGGGCGCGGCGUCCAGGCUCAGUGUCUCCGCGAGAGCAGACUCUGUGAAGCUCUUCUCGCCGGCGAAGGUGAAUCUCUUCUUGAGGAUCAUCCGCAGAAGGCCGGACGGAUAUCAUGAUCUGGCAUCGCUUUUCCAGACGGUUGCCUUUGGAGACACCCUGGAAAUUGAGGCGUUGCCAGAGGGUGCCGAGAAGGACGAGUUGGAGUGCAACCUGCCUGGGGUGCCGGUGGACGACUCCAACCUCGUGAUCCGAGCGCUGAAGCUCUUCCGGAAGAAGAGCGGCUUUCGCACCUUCUUCAGGGUGAACUUGGAAAAGGAAAUUCCCGCGCAGGCUGGAAUGGGUGGUGGAAGCAGCAACGCAGCCACAGCCUUCUUUGGUGCCAACCUGCUCUGCGGCAUGAAGGCCUCGCCUGAGGACUUGAUCAGUUGGGCUGACGAUCCAGUCAUUGGCUCCGAUGCGACCUUCUUCCUCUCCGAAGGCACUGCAUACUGCACGGGAAGAGGUGAGAUCGUGACGCCGAUAGACGGGCUGCCUAUCAAGGAUGGGCUCAGCGUGUUCCUGGUCAAGCCGAACUACGGACUGUCCACCGGCAAAGUCUUCAAGGCCAUGGACCUUGAGGCGUUGAGCAAAGUGGACCCGGAGGCCUUCGGCUGA